GAGCGAGCUCGCCAGUGCAGCUGAAGUAUGUCACCCACGCAGAGCCCGGCCCCUCGGACCCCUCGGACCCCGAGCGGACGGCGCCAUGGACGUGGAACUCGAGCUGUCGCAGCAGCUCCAGGGCCAUGAAAGCCAGGUGCGCUGCGUGGCUCUGCUCGGCGACGGCACGCUUGUCUCGGGUGGCCUGGACUCGCAGGUCAUCAUUUGGAGAAGAGGCGAGAACGAGAGCUUUGCUCUUGUGAAGAAGCUGAGUCUCCACACCGACUUUGUCUUCACGCUGGCGGCAUCCCACGCCGAGCCCGGUGCAUUCUAUUCGGGCUCCAAGGACAAGACAGCAUUCAAGUGUGAUCGUGAAGGCAACCCGUGCAUUCAGUUCCAAGGUCACGAGGGGCCAGUGUGCUCCAUCGUGGAAGUUGGUGAAAAGGUCGUGACCGGUGCGUGGGAUGGAACGGCCAAGGUGUGGGAUAGCAGCAACGGCAGCUGCCUCCAUACUUUGGAAGCAGGUGCGCACGCGGUCAGCGUGGCCUCCCUCCCCACAGGCGAGAUAGUGACCGGAUCACAGGACAAGUCCUUGCGGGUUUUCCGCGGCAACACGUGCGUGCACAAGGUCGAUGAGGCCCAUGGCGACAUCAUCCGCUGCAUCGCCUCCAGCUCCUCGGCCAUGGCUACCGCCUCCAACGACGGCUCCGUGAAGCUCUGGUCCUUCGAUGGGAUCCAGAUGGCAGUGCUACCCGGGCAUCAGUCCUAUGUCUAUGGAGUGGCCUUCUCGAGCGACAACAGUGAGGUCCUCUCCGCAUCGGAUGACUGCACCCUCAAGGUUUGGUCCAUAAGCGACUCCCAGUGCAAGCAGUCCAUCAACCACGCUGGGACAGUGUGGCAGGCCAUCGCGCUGCCCAACUCGGACGUGGUGAGUGCUUGUGGGGACAUGGUCGUCCGUGUGUGGACCCGAGAUCCCGCACGAAUGGCGCCAGAGGCUGAACGGACCACCCAGCAGGAGAUUGCCCAGCAAGCGGCAGUUGCUGCCUCGCAGAAAGGGUCGUCCUCCGUUCCCAUGGAUUCCGUGGUCGACAUUUCCAAAAUGCCGACCACGGUUGGAAAGAAGAAUGGCGAGGUCAAGAUGUUCAAUGACAACGGGACUGUGUUCGCCUUCAUGUGGAACGCCGGCGCACGGAUUUGGGACAAAGUUGGUGAGGUCAUGGGAAGCGAGGUGCAGAAGAAACACUACGAAGGGGACGAUGUCUUCCCAAAGGGCGAGUACGACUUCGUUUUUGACGUCGACAUGGGACCUUCUAGAGGAACCAGCCAGUUGCCCUACAACAAGGGGCAGAACCCGCUUCUCGCGGCGGAGAACUUCUGCGCCCGGGAGCAGAUCCACAAGAGCAACACGGAGCAGAUCAGGCAAUUCAUCAUCCAGAAUGCCGGGGAGGGUGCAGGCUCAGGCGCGUCGUCCGCGCCAACGCCAGCGCCCGCUCCAGCACCUGCACCAGUCCCAAAAGAGGCUGUGACAGGUGUCUUCCCCGUGUUGCAGCCGGCUGUGUUCAAGGAUGGAAAGUUCCCAGCGCUGCAAGGGAAGAUCUUGGAGUUCAACGGCCAGGUGGAUGAAUCUUUGCAGCUAGACCCCGUUGAGGUCAAUCAUCUGACGGCUGGCAUCUCCAAGCUACAGAUGGGCGUCUCCACCGAGCUGAGGGACUGCGAGAAAGAGAUCAUCACCAAGACGCUGGGCAAGUGGCCUAACGACAAGCUCUUCCCCGUCGUGGAUUUGUGGCGACUACUUCUAGCACAUCCGAGCAGCGCCGAUCUGUUCAAAGGAUCUGACAGAGGAACAUCCUACAUCUUGCAGGUGUUGAGCCUGUUAGCAGCGGAUAUCAACGGUCCUUUGGGCCUGUGUGCCGCCAGAUACCUUGCAAAUCUGUUCAUCUACCAGACGAACAAGUACGCAGCCUUCGACAAGCGCGACCUAGUGCUGAACGGGGUGGAAGCUGCGCUGAAUUCGAGCAACAAGCAUACCAAGUUGGCCUGCACCUCGGUGCUUCUCAACCUCGCCAUUGUGCUCUACGAGAGCAGCCAGCCCCCCAAAGCUUUCGACGAAAGCUGCGGACUUCGUGUGGCACGACUGGCGCUGACCUUCUUGGCCAAGGCUGAGGAAGAGGAUGCGAGAUGUCGGGCCAUGCUAGCCAUCGGAACUCUCCUGACCCGCGAUCAAGCCAAGCGCGCUCUCUCAGCUGAAUGUGCAGCAGCUGACCUUACCGGCAAGAUCGCGGCAUUGGAGGGCAAGUUGGGGCCUGCGGCUGCUUCUGACUUGCGAAGCCUAUUGCAGAAGUAGGCAAGUAGAGAGAAAA